CACGUCUCCUGCGGAUCACCACCCGCCAAUUAUUUGGUCUCGCUUUGGUGCUUUGAAACACAACCUAAGAUCGCAGUACAACAUUUCGCGGCUGACCAUAUCGGGCCGCAUUAGAUCCCUCAGAGGAUCAGUCUUACUCGGGUCGUCUUGAGACGUGGAUGCGCGCGGCGUGCGUUGUUGGCAAGAAAGUCCCUCCGUGGACAGACAGUGUGACAUAACGUUUGAAGAGCAUCCAAGCCGUGCAUACGAAACCCCGAAGGCCCACCAUAACUCCAAGGACGCGUUGCGUAUCGAUGGUCAAGUGCCGGACUAGUGCGUUUGCUUAGUAGACAAGUCCAUUCGAGAAGAGUGGCCGAAAUCGUCACCGCGAGCGGCAUCACUUUUAUGUAGUCAUCGAAAAUGACGAAACCGUUUCGGCUACUGGUGCUGCUGUUGUUGCUGUUCGAGCUGACUCAGGCCCAGCGGAAAAGCCCUAACAUUGAGUUGUCCGAGUUCAUCAAGUUCCCGAAGAUCUUCGAGUAUGCCGAUUACGACGACUGCCGACGAGAUCACCUGGAUGGGUACGCUUAUUGUGUGGUGCACGCGAGGAUCGUGCCCGACGAGUCGUCCGAGCUGUGGCGGAACAUUAGCGAUUUCUCCAAAAGUGAGGUGCACUACGAUCACACCUUGCUGGAGCGAGGAAUCUGCAUUCAGGAUUGCGAAGCGUCGCUUCGAUCAUCCGGUGAGCUUCCAAACGUGGAUGAUCUGACAGCGCUAGAUCUUUACGCCAAACUUGCCAGAUCCUGUAUCAACACGAGAUUGAAGCAGCAAUAUAAUUUGGAGAUAGGCAACUUCGUCAAAAUCUACCAUUGCUACACGCCAGAGCAAGAGGACCGGCCAGUGGAUUUCGCCGAAGGUUUAUUCUACGCCGUUGUGAUAGCACUGUCCGUCUUUUUCAUCGCUUCCACAACGUACGAUGUACGCCAAAGGAGCCUCCAGGGUUGUCCCGACACCUACUACGAUCGGGACCCCAAGUCUCGACGAGAGCGGCUUCUUGUAUCGUUUUCCUUUCCACGAAAUUUCUGCCGACUGAAAAAUCAUGGUUACAGUAAGAUCCGAACGGAUCUUCAGUUUUUGGAGGCGUUCAGAUUCAUUCAAAUGUGUCGGGUAAUAUUCCUUCACGCGACCAUGGCUCACAACAAAGUUCCGCAGUCCAACACGGACUAUAUGGAAAUGCUACAGGAGGACCCGACGCUCAUGUUCUUCGUAGCGGAGUUUCAAAACUACAUACAGACGUUCCUCUCAAUCUCCGGAAUGUUGCUGACAAUCAACUUCCUGGAGCACAUUCGCAAGAAUCCGGACUUCAGCUACUCUAUCUUCUGGGAUAAGCUGAAAAACAGACUGUGCCGAAUUUUGCCAGCGUAUGCCUUCGUGAUUCUUGUAGAGUGUGCGAUUAUUCAUCGCUAUCUGGACGGACCGAUUGGGCAGCAGUUCAUCGGUGAAGCCGAACAGAACUGCCGACGGUGGUGGUGGGCCAAUUUGCUGUUCUUCAACAACUAUAUUCGAACGGAUCAACCGUGUCUGAUCCAAUCGUGGUACUUGGCAGUUGACAUGCAGUUGUUCAUCUACGGAAUGGUGGUAAUGAUGAUGAUCUGGCGAUGGCCUUGGACGAGGAAGUAUAUUUUCACGGUAGCGUUUGUCUGUGCUGCCCUGAUUCCGACCUUGACCACGUAUGUCAAGGAUAUAGAACCUGCGAUGACCAACCGGAUGAAGAAUGCCGAUCGGUACAACCGAGAGCACAACUAUCAGUACGACAUCUACUUCCCCUUCCAUCAGAACAUCGGAGCGUAUUCGCUGGGAAUGCUGGCCGGGUUUAUCUACCACCGAUAUCGUGACUCACCGAAGGCAGUUUUGAGUUCUAAGUGGUUCCGAUUUGCUUUCUGGAUAUCGGUAGUGUACUACUUUUCCUGCAUGGCAUCCGUUUACUGGGUCCUUGAAUAUCGCGACAUCAUUCAACCCGUGCUGAAGGCCGUCUACUCGACAUUGUUCAAGCAGUCCUGGGCAGUAAUGUCAACCGUACUGCAGCUGGGCCUUGCUUUGGCUUCCAGUAGCUACAUCUGGAAGAAGCUCUUCAGCCAUUCGUUUUUCGGCGUAGCUGGAAAGCUGUGCUUUGGAUUCUAUCUCAUCCACUUCACUACCAUUGAAGUCGUAUACUCAGGCGUAAAGGGACCGCUGUACACCAAUGAGCGAGGAGUGUCGAUAUGGGCUUCGCAAAUCUUUUGGUGGACCUUGUUCUUUGGUACGCUACUCACGUUACUGGUGGAGCUACCGAGUAAUGCGGCCCUUAAAGAGCUUCUGGAUAGGCGGAAAGUGAACAACAAAGUACGUGACAUUCAGCAGACACAAGGUCCAGCUGAGCAAAGAGUGGAACAAGGUGGCUGCACCUAGCGCUAAGUUUUCGAUGCAGAAGACAAUCACAUCAUACGGGUCCAUCGCAUUUUCAUUUGUAAAUAUAGAAGUAAUAUUUUUAA